AAUAUAUUUUUCAAAAGCAACCAAAACCCUAAUCCCCUUUUCCUUUCCUCUAUAAAAUCUUUCAUUUGGCCGUUUCACUUAUCCUCUCUUCCUCUCUCUGAAUUCAAGAUCCUCCCUUCUUAUUUGCUGCCGAUUUUCAUUUUCUUCAAAAACCAACAGCGAAAAUGCGUGAGAUCCUUCACAUUCAAGGUGGGCAAUGCGGCAACCAAAUAGGAGCCAAGUUCUGGGAAGUUGUUUGUGCAGAACACGGCAUAGACUCCACCGGCAGUUACCACGGCGACUCCCCUCUCCAACUUGAAAGAAUCAAUGUCUAUUACAAUGAAGCUAGUUGCGGUAGGUUUGUCCCUCGUGCUGUCCUCAUGGAUUUGGAGCCUGGAACCAUGGACAGCCUCAGAUCUGGCCCAUAUGGUCAGAUCUUCAGACCUGACAACUUCGUUUUCGGCCAAUCCGGUGCUGGAAACAACUGGGCUAAAGGUCAUUACACCGAAGGCGCUGAACUCAUCGAUUCUGUCCUCGAUGUUGUUCGAAAAGAAGCCGAAAAUUGUGACUGCUUGCAAGGGUUCCAAGUGUGUCAUUCACUUGGAGGUGGAACUGGGUCUGGAAUGGGAACGCUUUUGAUAUCGAAGAUUAGAGAAGAAUACCCGGAUAGAAUGAUGUUGACAUUCUCUGUGUUUCCUUCUCCAAAGGUGUCUGAUACAGUUGUGGAGCCUUACAAUGCUACUCUGUCUGUACACCAACUUGUUGAGAAUGCUGAUGAGUGUAUGGUUCUCGAUAAUGAAGCCUUGUAUGAUAUCUGUUUCAGGACUCUCAAACUCACCACUCCUAGUUUUGGUGACUUGAAUCAUCUGAUAUCUGCAACAAUGUCUGGGGUUACAUGCUGCUUGAGGUUCCCUGGACAGUUGAACUCUGAUCUGAGAAAACUUGCAGUGAACUUGAUACCAUUCCCUCGUCUACACUUUUUCAUGGUGGGUUUUGCUCCACUCACAUCCCGUGGUUCGCAGCAGUACAGAGCUUUGACUGUUCCUGAGCUCACUCAACAAAUGUGGGAUUCAAAGAACAUGAUGUGUGCAGCUGACCCUCGUCAUGGCCGCUACCUAACAGCAUCAGCCAUGUUCCGUGGCAAGAUGAGUACCAAGGAAGUAGAUGAGCAGAUGCUGAAUGUGCAGAACAAGAACUCUUCCUACUUUGUUGAGUGGAUUCCAAACAAUGUGAAAUCAACUGUGUGCGAUAUCCCACCUACUGGUCUUGCGAUGGCAUCCACCUUUAUUGGCAAUUCAACAUCAAUUCAAGAGAUGUUUAGGAGGGUUAGUGAGCAAUUUACUGCCAUGUUUAGGAGGAAGGCUUUCUUGCAUUGGUACACAGGAGAAGGAAUGGAUGAGAUGGAGUUUACUGAGGCUGAGAGUAACAUGAAUGAUCUGGUUUCCGAGUAUCAGCAAUACCAAGAUGCAACCGCUGAUGAGGAAGGAGAAUAUGAGGAUGAGGAAGAAGGAGAAUACCAGGGAGAUUAUCAGUAGAUUUUCUUUUCAACCUCAACUUCCAGUUGCUGGUUUCUUUUCGUCGUUUUGCUAUCAAUGAAUUUGCAGCUAGGGAUCAAUUAAAUAUAUAGUUGUCAUCUUUUGCUGUAAUUGGGUACUAUAUGUGUUGUGAAAUUGGGUACUGAACUAGGUAAACUUUCUCGUUCAAUUUACGAACUGCAGAUGCACCUUUCAACUUCA